UUCACUCCUAUUAGUAGUCUCCUUAUGUAUGUGGUCUCUUUCUUCUCUUCAUAGCCAGUCUCCGCGCUAUACGGAAUCUCUCUUUCUGUUUGCUUCUAAUUAUCUCCGACGAAGGGUUUUUCUCAUUGCUGCUGCGACUUUACAAGUGUUUGUUCAAUUAAAUAGCGUCCCACAUGAAGGAUCAAAUCGCCAGUUGGUUAUCUGUUUUGUUUAUGCAUUAUUUGGAAGGGAUAAUAUACUGGACCAAGUUGUAUAUUGCUGAGGACCAAAAGAUAGUGGUGGCAUCUGUUUGAAAGACAAAAAGGAUGGAUUUUCAGAGUAACUUACAGGGUGGGUAUGGAAGAUUUGAGCAAAUACUUGCUCAAUAUCUUCUAAAAAGCUUGCAUAUUAUUUUGAACUUGAGGGUUCCUUCGAUAAGAGCGUAUGGUGGGUUUGAAGAAGUGAAGAGGAGUGACAAGUGGUUUAAUAUGGUGUUGGGAGAUCGUCCUGCGGUUUUUGAAAACUUGAAUCUGUUGCAUGGGGAGCCAAUGAUAAUAGAUAUAAUACUUGUUCAAGAUAAAGAUUGUACUUCAUUGAAGCACAGUUCAGGUAAAGCAUUUGCAGGGGCAUAUACAGAAACCAUUAUAGAGAGGUGGGUCGUGCAAUGUGAGAAUCGGAGGUCAAUGGUUCCUCAAAUGGGUGAUUCCUCUUACAAGAAAAUGUACAAGAAGUCUAUCAUACUACUUCGUUCCGUUUAUUCGAUGUUGAAGCUCCUGCCUGCAUUCAAGGCCUUCAGGAAACUAUCUUCGUCAAGUCAGAGUUGUUGUUUUGAUAUUAAUUUUAAGGUAUCUUCAUUUAGUGAGCCAUUCUCAAGGGCAGAGGAGGAGAUGAUGAAACAAUUUACUUUUACUUCAGUUGAUGCCCAGCAAGGCCGUCUUUCCUUAUCUGUGACAUAUCGUGAAAAUCUGGUGGACUUUAACCUGGAGAGUUCUGCAUCCUUUCCACCUGAGAUCAUUACAGAUUAUGUUGGUAGUCCACUCACUGAUCCUCUGAGGUCAUUCCCUUUGACCUCGACAGAUAAGGGUGUUCAUAAUACUUCAUUUCCAUUGAGAAGGACACAGUCCUCUUGUUCAGCACCUGUUCAGCGCCCGCAGAGUUGGACAAGUGGUCUCUUCAGGGCACCUUCUUUACCUCAGCCGUAUGUAGGAUCUCCACCUUUAUGCCAUGCACCAUAUGAGCUUUCAACUUCAGUCAGUAAUGUAUAUGGACAGAGGAUUCCACCUAACUACAAAUAUUCGACUCACCAGAAAACAACUAGUUUUGAUGAUGACCAGCUUUCCCCUCCAUUUUCAUCAUCACCAUCUCCACCCACAUAUCUUUCAGGUGCAAAUCUUGUGCAGACUCAUUUGCGUUCAGAAACUGAUCCUGUCAGUAUCCCUCAUCCAUUAAUAGGCAGAACUUCCAGACACCUAUCUCCUAAUUUGUCUGAUCCAAACAGGCAUUAUCUCCCACCUAUGUCACCUAGAUGCACAAAGCAUGAUUCUUCAUCCCAUGAAUCCCCUUCUGGAAUCAGAUCAUCAAGGAAAAUAGAUUUGCUAAGGGUUCCAGAGUCAGAUACUACUAAUCCUGGACAAAAGGUGCCUACAGAUGCUAGAGAUGAUUCAGGACGGUUCUCAGGUGUGCUCUCUUCAAGUGAUUCACCACGUGUUGGAUUUUCUAGAAGUUCUAGCAGCAGAUUAUCUUUUCAGGAUGACUUGGAUGACUUUGAUUUUUCCUGUCCUUUUAUAGUUGAUGAUGUUGAUACUUCUGUUUCCCGAGCCAGAGAGAACCUUGAAUCCAGAAAGCGCCCAGAAGCCUCGUCUAGAGUAUCUGCAACAACCAGAAAAUCUCAAGAUGCUGCUGUAGGUGCCCUUGUUCACAUGUUGAGAACUGCUCCUCCGUUGCGUCAAGAUUCUACUUGCUAUACUACACAUUCUAUAGAGGGAGAGGUAGAGGGAGAAACUGGCACUGCAUCUCAGUUCUAUGUUCCUAGGAAGGCAUCAGAUGCAUUGGAGGAGCUCAAAGCUUACACUGAAUUGAAAGAUAUGUUACUUCCCAAGAGCACGACACGCUCAGACAGUGAGGAUGGGAGCUAUGCGUGAUGUACAUAUAUACUUGUUUGCUAAGUAACGUUAAGGAGUGUUUACUGUGUGAGAGAAGUGAGGACUAACAGAUUCUGUACAUAAAUGAUGAGAAAUGGCAAGUAUGAUAGUCAAUAUGCUGCCUUAUUUUGACACUACUUGAAAACAUUUGUGUUUCGAAGAAACAAGUAGUAGUUAUCUUAAAAGAAUAUGCUCUAUUGAGUUCCUAAUAA